AUGAGCGCUACUGAAGAUAAGAAGGACCCAGCUUCCAUGCUUGCUGAAUUGAAGCUAGACAAGGAUGAGGGCAAUAAAACCCCAGAAACCAAGACUCCGGAAUCCAACAGCGCAGAAACUAAAACUACAGAAGAGGUGAAAGAAUUGAAGAAUCCAUUCACUCAAAAGAAAGAAGAUGUUGAGAAUGAUGCUGCAGAGGAGAAGACGAAUGAAGUUAAUAAGGAUGAUGCCAAGGAUGAGAGAGAGAACAAAGAUACUAAUCUGAUCAAAUCCGAAUACGAAGUCAAGGUGAAUCUAGCUGAUCUGCAGGCUGAUCCAAACUCUCCAUUGUACAGUGUUAAGUCUUUCGAUGAAUUAGGGCUAUCUCCUGAGCUUUUGAAGGGUAUUUACGCUAUGAAGUUCCAAAAGCCUUCCAAGAUUCAAGAAAGAGCACUGCCACUACUUUUAUCUAAUCCACCAAGAAAUAUGAUUGCCCAAUCUCAAUCAGGUACCGGUAAGACAGCUGCAUUUUCUUUGACCAUGCUCUCCCGUGUCGAUGAAACUCAAAACGUUCCACAAGCUAUUUGUUUAGCACCAUCAAGAGAAUUGGCCAGACAAACUCUAGAAGUCAUUCAAGAAAUGGGUAAAUAUACAAAAAUAACUACUCAAUUGAUUGUUCCAGAUUCAUUUGAAAAGAACACAAAGAUUAAUGCCAAUGUAGUAGUUGGUACUCCAGGUACUUUAUUAGAUUUGAUCCGUAGAAAACUGAUCCAAUUACAAAAUGUGAAAAUAUUUGUUCUUGAUGAAGCAGACAAUAUGUUAGAUAAACAAGGUCUGGGUGAUCAGUGUAUCAGAGUAAAGAAGUUCCUACCAAAGGAUACGCAAUUAGUUCUAUUCAGUGCCACUUUUGCUGAUGCUGUGAAGGCCUAUGCACAAAAGGUUAUUCCGAACGCCAACACACUGGAGCUUCAAAGAAAUGAAGUGAAUGUUAAGGCUAUUAAGCAGUUAUAUAUGGACUGUAAUGAUGAAGCUCACAAGUACGAAGUUUUGUGCGAACUUUACGGUUUGCUAACCAUCGGAUCAUCCAUCAUCUUUGUUGCUAAGAAGGAUACUGCCAACCUCUUAUAUGGAAAAUUGAAGCAUGAAGGCCAUCAAGUCUCCAUUUUACACAGUGAUUUGAGAACAGACGAGAGAGACAGACUAAUCGAUGACUUCAGAGAAGGUAGAUCUAAGGUUCUAAUUACAACCAAUGUCCUGGCGCGUGGUAUUGAUAUUCCAUCGGUUUCCAUGGUUGUUAACUACGAUCUUCCAACUUUACCAAACGGAAUGCCAGACUACGCUACAUAUGUGCACAGAAUUGGUAGAACUGGUAGAUUUGGUAGAACCGGUGUGGCUAUCUCCUUUGUUCAUGACAAGAAGUCUUUCAAGAUAUUAUCUGCUAUCCAAGACUAUUUCAAGGACAUCGAACUAACCCGUGUUCCAACAGAUGACUGGGAUGAAGUUGAAGAUAUUGUUAAAAAGGUAUUGAAACAAUGA